GUCACAAUUUGCACUCAGAGGAACUGAUUAGAGACUUGAAUGCAACUUGUGCAACCCCCUUAGCUCCUAAAUGGUGUUUUGCAUCUUUAGCAUGCUGAGUCUGUUCCCUGGCUGCUGUUUAGCUGAGCUGGCAUACAACUCUUUGCUUGGGAAAGAACAAAACUAGUAGUGAGCUGGUUCACAGGUUCUGUCCAGAUCUCACUGCUGGAACUUGUUUACAGAACAAAGUGUUAUUGUAUUCUGUCUGUGGAAUUUACCACAGAGAUCUGGUUCCAUUUAUGUUUUAUGUUAAAAGAGGGAAAAUGUGUUUAGUGUUGUGUGCAAUAUUCUGGACAAACACACGUAUUUCAAUGAGUUUUAUAUAAUUGAUUCAAAACGCUGAAGCCAGUUAAGUUUAACUGUUGCGAAAGUCUCUGUUUAACUCCUCGUCAGCAGGCUACUGUCAAGUUUGUAGACUGGAAGGUUUGUGACAUGGUUAGGUGUCCUCUGCGAAACACAUGGCAGGCAGAUUGUUAGAAAGAUUAAAGAAAACAAAACAAAACAAAAAAGCUGAAGUCCUCCAGCUCGUUCUGUGAUGCUGUUGUUUUCCCUGACUUCAUUUCUUUCCUCAUUGAACAAGGAAGACAUCGAUGUGAUCUAUGACUUGUGGAGUCGACAUCAACAAAGACUUCUAUUCAGUUCUUACUUCUAGCUCAGGUCAUGUUUUAUGAAGCUAGUUAAGAAAAGUAUAAAUCUGAGUGUUUUCUACUGACGAUAACAUAGCCCUUUUGUUGAUUCAGAGGGAUAAAUUCAUCCUUACAACAGUGUUAUGAAUGUAGGGCUGCAGCUAUUGAGUAUUUUAAUAAUCUAUCAAGUCCUCCAUCGAUUAAUGGAAUAUUCUACUUGAUGACAUUUCAAAUGAAACAAGAUUGGUUUGCUGCUAAAAAUAUGAAAAUAAAACAACUAAAUAAUAAUAAUAAUUGUAAUGAUAAUGUGUAUUGAAUUUAUGUUGUCUAGUUCUUUCCCAGCUGACCACAUAUUUUAGUUUAGGUUUGUAUUAAUUUUACUCAUCCAGGACAAAAUAGCAUAACUAAAUAUGUGAUCAGUAGAAUUAUUUCAUUAACAUGUUCAGUAGUAAGCUAUUGGAAAUGCUAAUAACAUUUCAUUCUGGAAACAAUGUAAUUAUGACAUAUCUAUUAUAUUAUGUAUGGGUUGGCAACAUAAUCUAAUCUGUUCAGAUCUAAUCCAAUCUAAUUCAAAGACAAAGUGUUUGUGCUACAUGUUACAAUGGCUUGCUAUAGCCGUGCUGCGGUGUGCGGAGCAGACGCGAGUUGCAGUCUCCAUGUAUCUGCUGCAGCUCUGCUCCAUUCUAGCCCUGCAGCUGCAGCUCUGCUCCAUUCUAGCCCUGCAGCUGCAGCUCUGCUCCAUUCUAGCCCUGCAGCUGCAGCUCUGCUCCAUUCUAGCCCUGCAGCUGCAGCUCUGCUCCAUUCUAGCCCUGCAGCUGCAGCUCUGCUCCAUUCUAGCCCUGCAGCUGCAGCUUUGCUCCAUUCUAGCCCUGCAGCUGCAGACGUCCACAAAUAAACAGGGUAGUGGGGAUUGUUCUUCUGCUUGUAGAGUUUAGUCAUUCACAACCAUCGUUUUUUUCUGAACCCCACACAAUCAUGUACGUGCUGUACGCUAACAUUAGCAUUAUCCAGUGCCCGUAGGCUAACUCUUGAUCCCAAUGUUUGGACCAGUUCUGCCUUUUACCAUGGUUUGUGUCUUCGCUGGUUCCUCUUGUUUCCUCCACAGCACCUAGAUCACCACCUUGUGCACCAGUGAAAUAUGUUCAGACUGUGGUGUGCACAUUUAAUGAAGCUUAUAAUCAGUAAAAAAUGAUUUGAUGAAUUUAACGAAUCGAACCAGUGGGUGAUUCAUUUCAGCCCUAGAUGAAUGCCAGACACCCUUCUUACCUCCCCCGCAACACACAGCGCUGCUUUAUUUGUAGUCAAUGUGAAGAUAAUCAGUUCUAUAGAUUUACUUUAAAUAUUUAAAACCUACAGUUUAAAUAGUUUAUUUUUUUCAGCUGGAAAUGAAACUUGUGGUUCUUCUGAAUAAAAUGGUACUGAUGUCCACCAGAUCCUUUUCAGCCUCACAUGCUCAGUUUAACGGUUAGGACUGAGCAGGCUGUGACCAGAACAUCAACAGCUGUUUUGGGUAAUAACUGUGGAUAUUCACACCUCUACAGUGCUUCACUGAAUAUGGGUGACUAUAAAACAUUUGUGUGCACCAAGAGCUUUUUGGUAAACACUUAUGUCAAUGAUCUCUUUUUAACAACUGCUGCUAAAGUCUAUAAACUAAACUGUGACACCAUAGCCUCCGUAUAAAGCUGUUAACUAUACCUCUGACUACGUGCGAUUCCUGGGCCAGGUGAAGGAGCUCUAACCUUCUUCAAGGUGUAAAGGCUUUUCUUCUGGAUAAAACUAACUUAGACCAAACUAAAGGACUUAUUCACCUUCCAGCCAAGUUACAGAAACUUUGACACUUGUUCAAAAAGCUGUAAGAAACAGGUGACUGUGACUGAAGUGCAGCUCUGGCAACUCAUUCCUGAGCUGUGAGACCUCAACAGAAAAAGAUUGUCACCUUUAGUUUUAAAGUUGGAACAAGUCACGACCAUUGAGACCCGCCGUGUUAGAGGGUCUCAGAUUGCAUUCAGGUUCAUCACAGGACAGAUUUAUAUUCUAACGGUUUCCCUCUUUUCUUUUGUUAAAUAAUACAUCUGGGUGUAGUUUUGCUCAGAUAAUGUUAACUUUUUUAUUGUUUGAGCAAAAACUAAACAAUCUAAAUAAAUUAAAGACUAGUUUAAGAUUAUUGCUCUACAUGAAUGGUUGCAUGUUUUACUUUAUACAUUAUUUAUUAUGUCAGUGACAAAAAUAUCAUUUAAUUGAGGAGGAUGAGGAGAUUGUGCUGACCUUUGCUUUUACAGGAAGAGACAGGAGUUGCCUGGGUCUGAUUUCAAUAUGGAGGACAAGUGUGUAACAUCAAUAAACCCUCCAACCACUGGACCAGUCUGAGCCAGUCUCCAGCUACCAGCGACCAUCAGCUGGUGGUGACAGGUCUAUUCUGGGACUUGGGGAGGUCCAACAGAACAGAAAUAGAUUCUUAAGCAGAAAUUUACUCCAAUAACCAUCUCUACUUUUAUCUGAUUCAGUCAAAUACACCGUUCUGACUUCACAGCUGUUGUAUCAGUUAUAGUUAGUAUAAAGUAACCGUUCGGAUAUGGUUCAGUGGCCCUGAGUGGGAUUAUUGGAGUUUAAAUGUUGAUUACACAUGCAUUAUUACACAGUUAAAACUGUAGAAAUAAACACGAGCUUUUUUAGAAAAUAUCUGCACACGACCCAGGGAUUUGAUGACUCAGCACAACUGUAUUAAUGUUGCUCUGAAGGCUUAACUAUAAUGCAUUCAGACAUUAAAUGUGUUCAAUCUCCUUUCAGCUGUCAGAUAACAGCUAAUUAAUAAGGCACACACUUUAAACCAGGCAACUAAAGGUUAUUUCUGUGUAACAGUUUUAAUUCAUUUUAAAUGUGCCGUGUUUGUUUUUAGAAAGCUGUUCAAAGAUCAAUUCAAUGGGCCGACCACUUUGUUCAGGCUCCCAUGUAGACUUAGAAUCUGAUGGUAGCAGAAAAUGGUAUAACACUGGCUUGCGACACACACACACACACACACACACACACACACACACACACACACACACAGGUCUGCUGAACUAUAAAGGUCAGCAUUUCCAGAAACAACUCUGAUCCAAAUCUACUCCCACUCACUUUGCGCCCUAUACCUCCAAUGCAGCUAAAGGCUAUCUAAGUCAUCUCAGGUUACUGAAAACCCAUCAAGAAUAUGAACUCACAUUUUGAUAGUUAUUUUAACAGAGCCAUGAUUCAGAAAAAGCAAACUGAUCCGAUGCAUCAUUCUGCUCUCUGGUUUUCCCAGAAAGUGAAACUGGUGUCUGCUUUUAUAGUCUCUUUUCCUACGUUGUUUCACUUCCUCUGACAGUGAUGUCUUCAUUCUCUAGACUGGCUCAUUUACAUUUUUCUUCAGAAUGCAUUAUAUGUUUAUUUUAAACCAAAUACGCACCUCAGUUUAACAGGGCUGUGUUAUCUGAAACCAGAAAUGGACAUCUUUAAGUCUGUUCCAUUUCACCUAGUUCUCCAGGGCAAAACGGGCCUGGGAAUGUUUUCAAUAGAUAUCCGUUUUACUGCUAAAAUGAGUCAGAGGCCUUUUGUUUUAAGGUCUACCCAAAGCUCCGAGGCUGCUUUUUAAAAUGAUUAACAGCCAUGCUAAUAUUACUCACAUUCACAGCUCUGCACACGUCUGUUCUGCAACAAUACCAACACUUUGUCUUGAUCAUGUCAGGCAUAUCGCCACAUGUCACUGACUAAACACUUGUUUCGUAAUGCCUAAUUCCUUUUCUGAACAUUCCUGCCUUCAUCUGCACUCCCAUCCCUCCUCGCUGCCUUUACACACAUUGCCUUAGGUCCUAAUCCUACCUGCUGUAGGUGGAGUAUUUCUGUACACACCUCGAGGUAUCAACCCGUUGUCUGAAAAAAGAUGUCUUAGACAACUAAAGGAACUCACUCUUAUGCAUUAUUACUUAUGUGUAAUAUGAAACCUAAACUAAAAUUAUUAACCUAAUCUAAUCCCUAGGGUCAACUUCAACACAUUUCUCUUUUUGUAUUUUAUUCUGGGAAUUACCCAGAAAUGUUUUAGGCAUACGUUAACGCAGCGUUGCUGCAGAAACUUUGUUCAGCUGUCUCCGUUUAGUCUACUGUUGACUGAAAAGCGGAUAUGUUUUUCUCUUAGGCUAGGCUGACUUCAUUUGGCUGUUGCCAUGGUGAACCAAAGAAAAACAUUGAAUGUGCAACGGGGAGGUUUAAAACACUCACUUGCUCCCUCCAACUAUAAUUUAGCACCUGAAUGACUGUGUUUGAGCGGUCUGAGUACUCUGCUUCUCCAUGUAUCCAUGUCUUGUCUGUGGGACGAGCGAACACGUGCUCCCUUGGUUUAAACAGCAGUUGUCAGGCUCCCUUCCAGUCUUUCUGGCAGGGAGACGACACUGUCUCUGACACUGAAAGACGAACAGGAGACAGAUGUACAGAAGAGAAAAGUGAUCUAGAGAUAGAAAUCGAAUAUCAUGUUCUAUGGAGAGCAGAAAAGACCAGCUAUGGAGCACGGUUCUUUAUAUAGGUGGUGAAAAACACAUUCUUGGUGCAAAAGUAGAAGCUAAGGUUAGCUGUCUGAAGCAGCAGCUCCACUUUAGAGGGCUUUACAGCCUGUUGCAUCACCUUAAUCUUGGAGACCACAUAACAGACACAUAUAAAUAGAAAAAAAAUUCAGUGUUAGCUUUGUGAGAUCAGAGAUGCAACAUAUCAGGCUGCCAUAUCAUACCCUCUUAAAAGGUCUUUGCCUUUUAAGAGAAUCUAAAACACUUAUAGAUUGUGUUUAAUGAUUUAAAGAGGGUGUGUGGUUACCUCAGAAAGCAACACCUUGAGUACAGAAUAAACGAUUUCUAGUGACACAUGAUCGAUUUCUAGUGACACGUGAUCCCUGAAAAGUGUCAAACUGAACAACUUGCACUCCUAAAUCUACGUAAAGCUAAUUGCCCCAGGAGAAGAUAAGUACGCCAACUGCUUGUGUCCUGUUAUCAUCACCGAUGUUAAUGUAGGGCGUCCACUGGACUGUUGUUUGCCAGCCGCCUGUAGGGAUCACUUAGUUGUGUGUGUGUGUGUGUGUGUGUGUGUGUGUGUGUGUGUGUGUGUGUGUGUGUGUGUGUGUGUGUGUGUGUGUGUGUGUGUGUGUGUGUGUGCUUGUUCAUCUGUGUGUGUGUAUGUGUCAAACUAGGGGUGUGUCUUUAAUGUGUGGGUUGGUGUUUCUGUACAAGUUAGAGCAGCAGAACAUGUGCUUCUGCACAAUAGUUAGACUUUGCUCUGCCUUUAUUUUCCUCAGUGAGAUCAUGUUUUUUUCUUCCUUCUUCCUCCUCUACGAUUUCCUUCUGUGAGGUUUUUUAUUUUUUUAUUUCUUCGUCUUGGUUUUUUUUCCCUAAGAAUAAGAGACACAAGGUAGGUGGAGCCGGACAGAGAAGUGUGCCACACUCCCCCCCUCUCUCUUUCUCGCACGCUGCCUUUCUUCCAUUCUGUCAUUGCCAUUCUGGCUGAACAGACAGUGUUCAUUCCCUGCCACACUAAACGCUGAGGGAACGACACACAUCUGACUUUUGCUAAAAGGAAUCUUCAUUUUCUUCACGGAAACUAAAAGAUCAUCAAGAUCACCAGGAAGAGACAGUAAGAAAACGUUUAAUGCUCUUUGAAUUUUUUAAAAACUGAUUCUUAAAAACUUUUUUAAGAACCGAGAAGCACAUGACAGCUGGUUUUACAGGAUUCUUUAACACCUGUGACUCUUCAGUUUCACCGUGUUUGAUGUUCAUAACUUUUUAAUCUUUUUUUUUUUUUUUUUGAGAAAGUUUACUGUCUUGAAGCACAAUGGUUGCUGGAAUGCUGAUGCCCAUGCGGGACCUAAAGGCCAUCUAUGAAGUCCUGUUUCGAGAUGGUGUCAUGGUGGCCAAGAAGGACAAAAGGCCACAAAUAAAGCAUGGUGAUGUACAAAGUGUAAGCAACCUGCAAGUAAUCCGUGCAAUGGGCUCCCUUAAGUCCAGGGGUUAUGUGAAGGAAACGUUUGCUUGGAGACAUUUCUACUGGUACCUGACCAAUGAUGGCAUUGUUUAUCUGCGUGACUACCUCCACCUGCCCACUGAAAUAGUUCCAGCCUCUUUGCAGAGGGUCAGGAAGCCAGCCGCCACUCUGGCUUUUGCCCAUCGGGCUCCUCGGGUCCAAUCUGUACAAGGUCCCACGUCUUAUGUUCCCAAGCCAGGUCAUAGCAGUGAAGCAGAGAGUCAGGAAGCACUUGCUGAGCGUCAUGGUUACCGCCAUAAGAUGGUGGAUUCUGGAGAACAAGAUAAACACUCUGACAGGACCCCCAGGUUCAGGGGUCGUCCACUGACUUCAGAACCAAUGAGAUCAAAACCGUUACUGGAGGAUGAGAAACAGCGUCAGCCUCUUUACAAGAGGGGAUCAAGAUUUGAUCAUGAAGUCAAAUCCACAGAGGAGAAUACUUGGAAGAAAGUGACUCAUCAGGAGUCUAACGAAAGGCCUGUAGCAUCACAGGAGAGAAAAGCUGUGGAGGUUGACAAGAGGAAGGUGCCAAGUUCUGUUUCUGUUCAAACAGAGGUUUUGAAGCAGGAUGCAUCCCAGACCACUCUGAUCUCCUCCUCAGCAGCUGUAGCAUUAUCUGUUGCUGCUGCUGUGGCUGCAGGUGCUUCUACAUCAAAGAUAACAGGAAGCUCGACUACUGCUGAAACAAAUAACGAGAUAAUGAUGAAAGGAACGUCCGAGAUUGCUGACCAAAACGUCUCCCAAAAGUUCAGUCAAGACAUCGUACGCAGCUCAGCAGUAAAAUUGCAUCCUAAAAAGGAAACCAAAGAAAUGAAAACAAAACCUGCAGAGGUUACUGUUCCAGGUAAAACGGCAAGUAAAAUAGUUGAGCCCAAACUAGUCCCUUCAAUGGAAUCUACCCAGGAAGCAUCCAAGGUUGUUAGCCAAGCCGCUGUCGCCCCUGUUGAUACUGAGUUGUCUGAUGUUAAAGAAGGACAGCUUAAGAAAGAAGAGGUUAAUAAGGUUUCACUUAAGCCCCUGGAAACGAAGACAGAAACUCCAGUGAAAUCUAAAAUAGAGUGUGAUGUCACAGAGAAAAAUAUGAAAAAAACACAGAAGAGCAGCAAAACUAAACAUGCAAGCAGCAUCAGUAAAGCAGUGGGUACCGCGGGUGCAUCAGACAACACCUCCAACACUCAAGUCAUCCAGGAACCAUCAGUCCAGGCUAAAGUAACACCGCCAAGUGUGACUGGAAAACCUAAAAAAGAUGAGGUGUCGCUUAAAAUGACAUCCGAGUCCUCAGCACCUGGAGUUAAAUCUGCCCCUGACACUACAAGUGCCUCAGCACCUGGAGUUAAAUCUGCCCCUGACACUACAAGUGCCUCAGCACCUGGAGUUAAAUCUGCCCCUGACACUACAAGUGCCUCAGCACCUGAAGAUCCAACGUUUCUGACACAGAAAGUUACAGGCAUAGAGAUGAGCACAAAACAAGAAGAUACAAGUGUAAAAGAAGCCUUACAUGCCAGUAAAGAUGGAUCACUGCUGCCAGAAGAGGUCCCUAAAGGAUCAGAGAAGAGCCUUGAAGAACUACAAGAUGUUGUCCAACUAACUCAGACUGCUGAUGAGGUGAUUAAAGCUACACAGCAGGCAUCUGAAGGCACCUCCAAAUCUAAAAGAAAGAAAAAGAAGUCUCCAGGGGAGACACCCAAGAGCCCUGAUGCUGUGGAGUCACCUGAGUCAAAGAGAAAGGAGGAGGAACCCUCUGGAGAUAAAUUCCCAAAGGGAGUAACUACAGAAGACAUCAUCCCAGUUAUUACGUCUGUGCCCUUAACUGGGUCUGCCUCCAUGAUGAAAGCAGGUAAAAACAUGGCUGAAUGUAAGGUAGAUGCUAACAAGGAGCAAACAUUAGAAAUUCCUACAGAAACUAAUGGGAAGGUAAAAGUAGAGGUCAUUAGAGCAUCUAACUCUGCACCAGAACAGGCAUCACAGCCAAUAGGUGCAGUGCUUGUUAAAGAUGUGCGAGAACAGACGAAUGUCAGCAACAUCACAGUAGGAUCAAUACGCCCCCAAGGUGAAAUAAAAACAACGUUGGCUGAUGUGAGGCCGAGUAAAUCAGAGGAAGUGUCUGCCCCCAAAAAGGAAGCACAAACAGCCCAGAAAAUAAGUCAAGUUGAGCUCGUUCAGGCAGGUACUGAACCUAAACCUACAGAGGCUGAUAAAACUGAGAAAAACAGCCAAAAAGUACAGAAGACACCCAAAACCAAACAUGAGAUCAGCACCAAACCUGUGAAGUUCACUGAUGCAUCAGAUGUCACCUCCAACACUCAAGUCAUCCAGGAACCAUCAGUCCAGGCUAAAGUAACACCGCCAAGUGUGACUGGAAAACCUAAAAAGGAUGGGGUGUCGCUUAAAAUGACAUCCGAGUCCUCAGCACCUGGAGUUAAAUCUGCCCCUGACACUACAAGUGCCUCAGCACCUGAAGAUCCUAAGUCUCUGGCACAGAAAGUUACAGGCAUAGAGAUGAGCACAAAACAAGAAGAUACAAGUGUAAAAGAAGCCUUACAUGCCAGUAAAGAUGGACCACUGCUGCCAGAUGAGGUCCCAAAAGGAUCAGAGAAGAGCCUUGAAGAACUACAAGAUGUUGUCCAACUAACUCAGACUGCUGAUGAGGUGAUUAAAGCUACACAGCAGGCAUCUGAAGGCACCUCCAAAUCUAAAAGAAAGAAAAAGAAGUCUCCAGGGGAGACACCCAAGAGCCCUGAUGCUGUGGAGUCACCUGAGUCAAAGAGAAAGGAGGAGGAACCCUCUGGAGAUAAAUCCCCAAAGGGAGUAACUACAGAAAACAUCAUCCCAGUUAUUACGUCUGUGCCCUUAACUGGGUCUGCCUCCAUGAUGAAAGCAGGUAAAAACAUGGCUGAAUGUAAGGUAGAUGCUAACAAGGAGCAAACAAUAGAAAUUCCUACAGAAACUAAUGGGAAGGUAAAAGUAGAGGUCAUUAGAGCAUCUAACUCUGCACCAGAACAGGCAUCACAGCCAAUAGGUGAGGCAGCUGCAGUGCUUGUUAAAGAUGUGCGAGAACAGACGAAUGUCAGCAACAUCACAGUAGGAUCAAUACGACCCGAGGCUGAUUUAAAAACAAUGCUUGCUCCUGUAGAACCAAUUAAAUCAGAGGAAGUAACCGUCUCCAUAAAGGAAACACUUACAGGGCCAAAGACAUGCCAAGUUGAGCUUGCUCAGUCAAGUGCUGAACCUGAAGGGAAGUCACCAUCAGAAUCUCAGAUCACUGCUGAAACUAAAUCUCAAUCAAACACAGAGAAAGAUGCAGAGGAGCCUUCAAAGGGGAAGAAGAAAAAGAAAGGUAAAAAACAAGUUACAACACUGCCUAAGGACACAGUUAAAGAUCGCCCUGUCACGGCCUCUGAAGUGACAGAAACCAACGUUCCUUCAAAGAUGACUCCUGAAAGAAUGUGCUGUGAGGAAGUCAGGCAGGCAGCAGCUGUGGGCUCUGAGGCCCCAGCAGACAAAGGGGAGGUGGAGCUUUCACUGCUCACGGCAGAAAAAAACAAGCAGGAGGUUCCGAAACCAGAAACAUCUUCCAAUGUGAGGAAAGCACCCACAGAAUCAGAGUCAGCAGCUCCAGCAGAGGCUGCUGAGGCGCGGGCCAGCCCUCUAGUCGAGCAGCAGGAGCCUCCCAGAGUUGCACAACAUUCAGCCAGCCAGGCAGCAGAGUGCAGCACACAGGAGAGGCUGUCUUUCUGUGAGGCCUUAAAACACGAGGAAGACGAGAAGAGGAACUUGGAAGAGGACACACCCUCUGCUACUGCCACACCCGUAGCACAGCCUGACCAGUCUCAUCUGCUGGACACCUGUGAGUCCAAACAUCUCAGCACAAGCGAAGCCACCAUGAGGAAGAAGAUUGUGGUGGUGGAGGAGAUAGUUGAAGUAAAGAAGAUCCUCAGUCCUGAGGCUGCUGGAGAGCAGGCCCCCCCUCCACCUGUCCAAACUGAGGUGGAGGGAGAGGAGCUGGACAUGGAUGUUCUGGAGGAGAUCGCUAUAGAACGAGCUCUCUUAUCAGGGAUCAAGGUGCAAGGAGCCUCAUCUGGGACUGAGUGGGACCACUCGCUGGCCGAACCCGAGGAGAAGACAUGGCCUAACUUUGUUGAAGAUGAACGGGAUCGAGUACAGAAGAAGACCUUCACAAAAUGGGUUAACAAGCACUUGAUAAAGCACUGGAAGGUAAAGGCCCAGCGCCAUGUGACUGACCUGUACGAAGACCUCCGUGAUGGACACAACCUGAUCUCACUGCUGGAGGUCCUCUCUGGAGAGACACUGCCGAGGGAGAGGGAGGUCAGGAGCAUCCGCCUGCCCAGAGAGAAAGGCCGAAUGCGGUUCCACAAACUGCAGAAUGUACAGAUCGCACUCGACUUCCUCAAACACCGGCAGGUCAAGCUGGUUAACAUAAGAAAUGAUGACAUCGCCGAUGGGAACCCCAAGUUGACCCUGGGGUUAAUAUGGACCAUCAUCCUCCACUUCCAGGUCUCCUCCUCUAUCUCAGACAUUCAGGUCAAUGGCCAGUCCGAGGACAUGACAGCCAAGGAGAAGCUGCUGCUCUGGUCCCAGAGGAUGACAGAUGGCUACCAGGGCAUCCGCUGUGAUAACUUCACCUCAAGCUGGAGGGAUGGCAAACUCUUCAACGCUGUCAUACACAAACACUACCCCAGACUCAUCGACAUGGGCAAAGUGUAUCGACAGACCAACCUGGAGAACCUUGAACAAGCCUUUGGUGUGGCUGAGAGAGACCUGGGAGUGACCCGUCUCCUGGACCCUGAAGAUGUUGAUGUCCCACACCCAGAUGAGAAAUCCAUCAUCACCUACGUGUCAUCCUUGUACGAUGUCAUGCCUCGCGUUGAUGCCCACGAUGGUCUCAGGGCCAAUGAGCUGGAGCUGCGCUGGCAGGAAUACUAUGAGCUGGUGACCAUUCUGCUCCAGUGGAUCCGCCACCAUGUUACCAUCUUUGAGGAGAGGAAGUUCCCAGGAAGUUAUGAGGAGAUAGAGCUUCUUUGGCGCCAGUUUUUGAAGUUCAAAGAAACCGAGCUUCCAGUAAAAGAGUCUGACAAGAUCCACUCCAAACAAAUCUACCAGUCUUUUGAGAGUGCAGUGCAAGCUGGUCAGGUGAAGGUCCCCCCAGGCUACCAUCCCAUUGAUGUGGAGAAGGAGUGGGGGCGACUCCACGUGGCCAUCCUUGAGAGGGAGCGACUGCUCAGGAUUGAGUUUGAGAGACUUGAGAGGCUCCAGAGGAUUUACUCUAAAGUCCAGAUGGAGUCGGGUGUGUGUGAUGACCAGCUCGCUCACCUGGAGAACCUGCUGCAGAAGGACAUGGCUCUGCUGAACGCAGGGAAGCCAGCCCAGCACACAGCAGAGGUGGAGCGGGAGCUGGACAAAGCAGACAAUGUGAUUCGCCUCCUCUUCAAUGAUGUCCAAAUCCUCAAGGAUGGACGCCACCCUCAGGCUGAACAGAUGUACCGCAGAGUUUUCCACCUCCAUGAGCGCCUGGUGAACCUUCGCAGUGACUACAACCUUCGUCUGAAGGUUGUGACAUCUUCCCGUGUUCUCCAAACCCAGAGUACCCAAAAGGUGCGGCCAGAAUUGGAUGAUGUGACCCUGCGCUACGUGGAAGACCUUCUGGCCUGGGUGGAGGAGAACCAGCAGCGCAUUGACAAAGCCGAGUGGGGAACGGAUCUGCCGUCAGUGGAGUCCCAGCUGGGCAGCCACAGAGGACUGCAUCAGACCAUCGAGGACUUUAAAUCUAAGAUUGACCGGGCCAGGACUGAUGAGAACCAACUAUCUCCUGUUAGCAAAGGCAAAUACAGAGAAUAUCUGGGGAAACUGGACCUUCAGUAUGGAAGACUACUGAACUCGUCUAAGUCCCGCCUGAGGAACUUGGAUUCUCUGCAUGCCUUUGUCACUGCUGCGACCAAGGAGCUAAUGUGGUUAAACGACAAAGAGGAGGAGGAGGUCAACUACGACUGGAGUGACCGGAACACGAACAUGACAGCCAAGAAAGAGAAUUACUCUGGUCUGAUGCGAGAGCUGGAGCUGAGAGAGAAGAAGGUUACUGAUAUUCAGGCUCUGGGAGACACGCUGGUCAAGGAUGGACAUCCUGGAAAGAAGACAGUUGAGGCCUUCACAGCUGCCCUGCAGACUCAGUGGAGCUGGAUUCUGCAGCUGUGCUGCUGCAUAGAGGCUCAUCUCAAAGAAAACACAGCUUACUACCAGUUCUUUGCUGAUGUAAAAGAGGCUCAAGACAAGAUGAAGAAAAUGCAGGAGGGCAUGAAAAAGAAGUAUAACUGUGAUCAAUCUACGACAGCUACACGCCUGGAGGAUCUGCUGCAGGACGCUGUGGAGGAGAAGGAACAGCUGAAUGAGUUUAAGACUCUGGUGGCUUGUCUGAACAAGAGUUCCAGGUCCAUUGUCCAACUAAAACCUCGCAAUCCCACCACCCCCAUCAAAGGCAAACUGCCGGUUCAGGCUGUCUGUGACUUCAAGCAGCAGGAGAUCACGGUUCAUAAAGGAGAUGAGUGUGCUCUCCUAAACAACUCUCAGCCCUUCAAGUGGAAGGUUUUAAAUCGAUCUGGACAUGAAGCAGUAGUUCCUUCUGUCUGCUUCAUUGUGCCUCCAGUCAACAAGGAGGCUGUGGACAGCGUUUCCAGUCUGGAUGCAGGCCAUCAGCAGACAGUGACCAUGUGGCAGACGCUCCAUAUGAACAUGAAGAGUCUGUUGUCAUGGCAGUACCUGAUGAGAGAUUUCACACUGAUACGCUCCUGGAACAUCACCAUGCUAAAGACCAUGAAACCAGAGGAGUACCGGCUGGUGAUGAGAAACCUGGAACUCCACUACCAGGACUUCAUGCGUGACAGUCAGGACUCUCAGCUCUUUGGUCCAGAUGACCGCAUGCAGAUUGAGGAUGACUACAACAAGUGCACCCAACAUUUUGACGGUCUGCUUCGCUCCAUGGAGAAAGGACAAAUGGCUAGUAGGCUCAAAGGUCAACAAGAUGAGACUCUGUGUAAGAACUACAUUUCGGAGGUCAAAGACCUGCGUCUGCGUUUAGAGACCUGCGAGGCUCAGACUGUGGCUCGCAUCCGCAAACCAACGGAGAAAGAGCCUCUGAGAGAGUGUGCUCAGAAAAGAACAGAGCAGCAGAAAGUCCAAGGAGAGCUUGAAGGCCUUAAGAAGGACCUUGAUAAGGUGUCUGUGAAGACUCAGCAGGUGCUGGCCUCCCCUCAGCAGUCGGCCUUUGCUCCAGUGCUGCGCUCAGAGCUUGAUGUUACUGUGCAGAAGAUGGAUCAUGUCUACAUGCUGUCUUCUGUUUACCUUGAGAAACUGAAGACCGUGGACAUGGUGAUCCGUAACACUCAGGGUGCUGAGGGAGUCCUAAAGCAGUAUGAAGACUGUCUGCGUGAGGUCCACACUGUCCCCAGCAAUGUCACGGAAGUAGAGACUCAAAGGACCAAGCUUAAGAAAAUGCGAGUGGAGGCGGAGGGCCAACAGCCAGUGUUUGAUUCCCUGGAAGAUGAGCUGAAGAAGGCUUCAGUCGUAAGUGACAAGAUGUCCCGCGUGCACAGCGAGCGCGAUGCUGAGCUAGACCACUACCGCCAGCUGACGACUAGUCUCCAGGACCGCUGGAAAGCAGUGUUCACCCAGAUCGACCUUCGCCAGAGAGAACUCGAUCAGCUUGGUCGACAGCUUGGUUACUACCGCGAGAGCUACGACUGGCUGAUUCGCUGGAUAGCCGACGCCAAGCAAAGGCAGGAGAAGAUCCAGGCCAUUCCCAUCACUGACAGCAAAACUCUGAAAGAUCAGCUUUCCCAGGAAAACAAACUACUGAAGGAGAUUGAACAGAACAAAGAUAAGGUGGAGGAGUGUCAUACGUAUGCUAAAGCAUACAUUGAUACUAUUAAGGACUACGAGCUCCAGUUGGUUGCCUACAGAGCCCAGGUGGAGCCUGUAACUUCUCCUCUAAAGAAAACCAAGCUGGAUUCUGCUUCUGACAACAUCAUCCAGGAGUAUGUAACACUAAGAACCAGGUACAGUGAGCUGAUGACUCUGACCACUCAGUACAUCAAGUUCAUCACAGACACGCAGCAACGCCUGGAGGAUGGGGAGAAAGCUGCACAGAAACUGAAAGCAGAAGAGCAGAAAAAGAUGGCGGAGAUGCAGGCUGAGUUAGAAAAACAGAAGCAGUUAACUGAAGUGCACGCAAAGGCCAUUGCCAAAGCCGAGAAAGAGGCUCAAGAGCUGAAGCUCAGAAUGCAGGAAGAAGUAAGCAGGAGAGAAGUUGCUGCAGUAGAUGCAGAAAAUCAGAAGCAAAACAUCCAGCUGGAGCUGCAGGAGCUCAAAAACCUCUCAGAGAAGCAGAUCAAAAACAAAAGUCAACAGGUGGAUGAGGCGCUUCAAAGCCGGAUCAAGAUCGAGGAGGAAAUUCGCACCAUCAGAACCCAGCUCGAAAUUACUGUAAAACAAAAGGCUACUGCAGAAAAUGAACUCCAGCAACUGCGGGACAGAGCAGCCAAUGCAGAGAAACUCAGAAAAGCAGCUCAAGAAGAAGCAGAAAAGCUUCGUAAACAAGUCAAUGAAGAAACGCAGAAAAAGCGUUUGGCAGAAGAGGAACUCAGUCGCAAGUCUGAGGCAGAAAAAGAUGCUGCAAAGCAAAAACAAAAAGCUCUUGAAGACCUAGAAAACCUUAGAAGACAGGCAGAGGAGGCAGAGAGACAAGUCAAACAAGCAGAGCUUGAAAAGGAGAGGCAAAUCAAAGUGGCUCAUGAAGCUGCCCAGAAAAGUGCCGCUGUUGAGCUCCAGAGCAAGCACAUCUCUUUUGUGGAAAAGACCUCAAAGCUGGAGGAAUCGCUCAAGCAAGAGCACGGUGCCGUCCUUCAGCUGCAGCAAGAAGCAGCUCAUCUCAAGAAACAACAGGAGGAUGCUGAAAAAGCCAGAGAAGAGGCAGAAAAAGAACUUGAGAAAUGGAGACAAAAGGCCAACGAGGCCCUUCGUCUAAGACUACAAGCUGAAGAAGAGGCGCACAAAAAGAGCCUUGCUCAAGAAGAAGCUGAGAAACAGAAGGAGGAGGCAGAGCGUGAGGCGAAGAAGAGGUCCAAGGCUGAGGAGUCUGCGCUGAAGCAGAAAGAAAUGGCCGAGCAAGAACUCGAGAGGCAGAGAAGAAUAGCCGACAGCACAGCUCAGCAGAAACUCACAGCAGAGCAGGAACUCAUUCGACUCAGGGCCGACUUUGACAAUGCAGAGCAACAGAGGACCCUACUGGAGGAUGAGCUGUACCGCCUGAAGAAUGAAGUCAUUGCAGCUCAACAACAAAGGAAACAACUGGAAGAUGAAUUGGCCAAAGUUAGAAGUGAGAUGGAUUUACUUAUCCAGCUGAAGUCUAGGGCUGAGAAGGAAUCCAUGUCCAACACAGAGAAGAGCAAACAACUCCUUGAAGCAGAAGCAGAAAAGAUGAGGGACUUGGCCGAAGAGGCAAGCAAGCUUAGAGCCAUUGCAGAAGAUGCCAAGCAUCAGCGGCAAAUUGCAGAGGAGGAGGCAGCUCGUCAGAGGGCGGAGGCUGAGAGAAUUCUCAAAGAGAAGCUAGCUGCCAUCAGUGAAGCCACCCUUAAGAAAACAGAGGCUGAAAUCGCCCUGAAGGAGAAGGAGGCUGAAAACGAGAGGCUCAGACGGCAAGCUGAGGAUGAGGCAUACCAGAGGAAAGCUCUCGAGGACCAGGCGAACCAACAUAAACAAGAGAUUGAAGAAAAGAUAGUCCUUCUCAAAAAGUCAUCAGAGGUUGAAAUGGACAGACAGAGAGCAUUGGUAGACGACACACUCAAACAGAAGCGAGUUGUUGAGGAAGAAAUAAGAAUUCUGAAGCUCAACUUUGAAAAGGCCUCAUCUGGAAAACUGGAUCUGGAGCUGGAACUGAAUAAGCUUAAAAAUAUUGCUGAGGAAACUCAAAGAAGCAAGCUAAGAGCAGAAGAGGAAGCGGAGAAGCUGAGGAAGCUUGCCCUUGAGGAGGAGAAGAGGAGGAGGGAGGCAGAGGAAAAGGUCAAGAAGAUUGCUGCAGCGGAGGAAGAGGCAGCCAGACAGCACAAGGCAGCCCAAGAAGAGCUUGACCGUCUGAGAAAAAGAGCAGAAGAGACCAAAAAGCAAAAAGAUGAGGCAGACAAAGAGGCAGAAAAACAGAUUGUUGCAGCCCAAGAAGCAGCCCUGAAAUGCAACGCAGCUCAGCACCAGGUGCAAAGUGUUCUUGCUCAACAGAAGGAAGACAGCAUGAUGCAGACAAAGCUUAAGGAGGAGUAUGAGAAAGCCAAGAAGCUUGCCAAAGAAGCAGAAGCUGCUAAGGAAAAGGCAGAACGGGAGGCAGCUCUUCUUCGUCAGCAAGCGGAGGAAGCUGAGCGUCAAAGAGCUGCUGCUGAGCAAGAAGCUGCAAGCCAAGCUAAAGCUCAAGAAGAUGCUGAAUUGCUGAGGAAGGAGGCUGAAUUUGAAGCUGCCAAGCGAGCACAAGCAGAAGCUGCCGCUCUCAUGCAGAAAGAGCAAGCCGACUCUGAAAUGGCAAAGCAUAAGAAACUGGCCGAGCAAACGCUAAAACAAAAGUUCCAAGUGGAACAAGAGCUCACAAAGGUCAGGCUUCAGCUCGAUGAAACAGACAAGCAGAAAUCUCUGCUGGAUGAGGAGCUGCAGCGCCUGAAAGAUGAGGUUGAUGAUGCUGUCAAGCAGAAGGCCCAAGUGGAGGAUGAGCUUUUUAAAGUCAAGAUUCAGAUGGAGGAACUACUCAAGCUUAAAAUUAGAAUUGAAGAGGAAAACCAGCGUCUGAUCAAAAAAGAUAAAGACAACACCCAGAAGUUCCUUGCAGAGGAGGCUGAGAACAUGAAAAAGCUUGCAGAAGAUGCCGCCAGACUUAGUAUUGAAGCCCAAGAGACUGCCCGCUUGAGACAAAUUGCAGAAGAAGACCUCAACCAGCAACGAGCGCUUGCAGAGAAAAUGCUCAAAGAGAAAAUGCAGGCCAUACAAGAAGCAUCCAGACUUAAAGCUGAGGCAGAGAUGCUCCAAAGGCAGAAAGACCUGGCUCAGGAACAGGCACAGAAGCUCCUGGAGGAUAAACAACUAAUGCAGCUGCGUCUAGAGGAGGAAACAGAGGAAUACCAGCGCUCUCUAGAAGCAGAGAGGAAAAGACAACUAGAGAUCAUAGCUGAAGCUGAAAAACUCAGACUUCAGGUUUCUCAGCUUAGUGAAUCCCAAGCCAAAGCUGAAGAAGAGGCUAAAAAAUUCAAGAAACAGGCAGAUACAAUUGCUGCUCGUCUUCACGAGACUGAAAUCGCAACAACAGAAAAAAUGACUGCAGUUGUAAGACUGGAAUCUGAGAGACUAAAUACCACCAAGGAGGCUGAUGAUUUACGCAAAGCUAUUGCAGACCUAGAGAACGAGAAGGAUAGACUGAAAAGGGAGGCUGAAGACCUUCAAAAUAAGUCCAAAGAGAUGGCUGAUGCUCAGCAGAAACAAACUGAACACGAGAAGACAUUGCUUCAGCAGACAUUCCUGACAGAAAAAGAGAUGCUGUUAAAGAAGGAGAAGCUCAUUGAAGAUGAGAAAAAGAAGCUGGAGAGUCAAUUUGAAGAGGAAGUAAGAAAGGCAAAGGCUCUCAAGGAUGAACAGGAACGGCAGAAACAGCAAAUGGAGGAGGAAAAGAAGAAACUCAAGGCUACCAUGGAUGCUGCCCUCAAUAAGCAAAAAGAGGCUGAACAAGAAAUGCUAAACAAGCAAAAAGAAAUGCAAGACCUGGAGAAAAAGAGAUUAGAACAGGAAAGGCUUCUUGCAGAAGAGAACCAAAAAUUGCGAGAGAAACUACAGCAGCUUGAAGGAGCCCAGAAAGAAGCUGACAGUCAAACUGCGGUGAUUCGUGUAACAACAGUUGAGACAACAAAGACCGUUUACAAUGGUCAAAAUGCCAGUGAUGUUGUAGAUGGUGUGGUUAAACCUGAUCCCCUAGCCUUUGAUGGCAUCCGUGGUAAGGUACCUGCAAGCAGACUUUAUGAUCUUGGUCUUUUACCCAAAAAAGAGUUUGACAAGCUAAAAAAUGGCAACACCACUGCUCAAGAGCUUGGAGAAACUGAAAAUCUUAAAAGAAUUCUUAAGGGAAACAAUGCCAUUGCUGGUGUUUUAACUCCUACUAAUCAGAAAAAGUCAAUCUAUCAAGCAUCAAAGGAAAAAAUGAUUACCCCUGGCACAGCGAUGAUCCUUCUUGAAGCACAGGCAGCCACGGGCUACAUUUUAGACCCCAUCAGGAAUAAAAAACUUUCUGUCAAUGAGGCUGUAAAGGAAGGUGUGAUUGGCCCUGAACUGCACAACAAAAUGCUGUCAGCUGAGAGGGCUGUUGUUGGCUACAAAGAUCCAUACACUGGUGGAAAAAUCUCUGUUUUUGAAGCCAUGAAGAAGGGUCUGAUAGAGCAUGAUCAGGCUAUCAGAAUCCUUGAGGCUCAGCUUGCUACUGGUGGCAUCAUUGAUCCCGUCAACAGUCACCGCGUUCCCAAUGAAACUGCCUAUAAGCAGGGACAGUAUGAUACAGAAAUGAAUAAGGUUAUGGAGAAACCUUCAGAUGACACAAAGGGAUACUCUGAUCCCAGCACUCAGGAACCAUUGACAUAUUCUGAGCUAAUGUCAAGAUGCAAAACCGACCCCGAGACCAGUCUGUUAUUCCUGCCAAUCACAGAAAAAGCUGCUCAGUGCUCUAGUAUAUACACAGAAGAAGAAACCAAAGAUGUAUUCAGCAAGACAAGUGUCUCAGUACCAUUUGGGAGAUUCAUGGGUAAAACUGUCACCAUUUGGGAGAUAAUCAACUCUGAGUACUUCACUGAAGAUCAGAAGAAGGACCUUCUUCGUCAGUACAAGACAGGCAAAAUCACAAUCGAAAAGAUCAUUAAGAUUGUCAUUACUGUGGCUGAAGAGAAAGAGAAGAAAAAAGAAAUUACCUUUGAUGGUCUAAGGGCCCCUGUCUCUGCCAGUGAAUUACUUGAAUCUAAAAUCAUUGACAAAGACCUUUACAAUAAAUUGCUCAAGGGAAAUAUUUCUGCCAAAGAAGUCUCUGAAAUGGAGCCUGUCAAUAAAGCAAUGAGAAGUACAAACUGCAUUGCAGGUGUACUCAUUGACUCAUCCAAGGAGAUUUUACCCUUCUACCAUGCUUUGAAAAGAGACAUGAUGAGGCCUGGGCUUGCUUUGAAUAUGCUGGAAGCUCAAGCAGCAACAGGAUUUGUGGUUGACCCUGUUAACAAUCAGAAGUACACUGUUGAUGAGGCUGUAAAGGCUGGAGUUGUUGGUCCUGAGCUGCAUGAAAAGCUCUUGUCUGCUGAGAGAGCUGUUACUGGUUACAAAGAUCCUUACACUGGGCAGACUGUGUCUCUUUUCCAGGCAAUGAAAAAAGAUCUAAUUCCUAAAGAGCAAGGUAUUCGGCUGCUUGAUGCCCAAGUGACCACUGGUGGCAUCAUUGAUCCUGUAAAAAGCCUUCGUAUUCCUCAUGAUGUAGCUUGCAAGAGGAAUUACUUUGAUGAUGAAAUGAAACGGGCCUUAAGUAAUCCAAGUGAUGAAGCAAAAUGUUUCUUUGACCCAAACACAAAAGAAAAUGUCACAUACUCAGAGCUCUUCAAAAGAUGUGUCACUGACAAGAAAACUGGCCUCUCAGUUCUUCCUCUUAGUGAUGAAGCAAUUAAUGAUAAAGAAGAGACAACGUACACUGAAGCUCAAACAAAAGAAGCAAUGACUCGAGCAACUGUGGAGCUUGACUCUGGGCCCUUCAAGGGCAGAAAGAUGACAGUCUGGGAACUAAUUAACUCUGAGUAUCUUACUGAGGAUCAAAGACUUGAUUUUCUAAGACAGUUUAAGUCUGGAAAGUUUACAGUUGAGAAGAUAAUCACAAUUAUUAUCACCAUCGUGAAUGACAAAGAGGCUAAGAAACAAGAAGAGUCAAGCUUUAAGGGGCUUCGAGCUCCUGUUCCAGCAAGUGCCUUGUAUGAUUCCAAAAUCAUUGACAAACCAACCUUUGACCUCCUUCAGCAAGGCAAAACUACACCUAAACAAGUCAGUGAAAAUCCAAAUGUUAAUAAAUACCUGCAAGGCACAGAAAGUGUUGCUGGCAUUUACCUGGAACCAACAAAGGAAACAAUAAGCAUUUAUCAAGCCAUGAAGAAAAACCUACUCAGGCACAACACUGGUCUUUCCCUUCUUGAGGCACAGGCUGCUUCUGGGUUUAUUGUAGAUCCUGUGAAAAACCAAUGCCUGUCAGUUGAUGAGGCAGUGAAAGCAGGCAUUGUUGGCCCAGAACUGCAUGAAAAACUUCUAUCUGCAGAAAAAGCUGUCACUGGCUAUAAGGACCCAUUCACAGGCAAAAAAGUAUCCCUCUUCGAAGCUAUGCAAAAAGAUCUUAUUCUUAAAGAGCAUGCCAUGCCUCUGUUGGAAGCACAGGUGAUCAGUGGAGGAAUCAUUGACCCAGUCAACAGUCAUCGGGUUCCCACUGAGGUAGCAUACCAAAAGAACAUUUUCAGUAAACAAACUGCCAUGGCCUUAUCUGAACCAUCAGCUUACAAGGCAUUCUCGGAUCCAGAAACUGACGAGAAUGUAACCUACAAGCACCUAAAAGAAAAAUGCCAAAAAGAUAAAGACACUGGCCUCUACAUCCUCCCACUCUCUAAACCUCAGUCUCCAACUGUUGUGGAGAAGACAUAUCUCUAUACAGAAGAACAAACUCAAAGUGAUCUAGCUGACACCAAAAUUGACAUUCCAAUUGAAGGACUUGCUGAUAAACCAAUGAACCUAUGGGAAGUAAUGAAUUCAAAUUUGCUUCCAGAACAAGAGAGACUGAAACUCUUGGAGGAAUAUCGCUCUGGAAAAAUCACUAAAGAGCGAAUGAUCAUCAUUAUUAUUGAGAUAAUGGAGCAAAGAGAGAUCAUCAUAAAUGACAGUCCACUGUCAUACAAGACUAUAAGAAGAAGGAUAACCAUUGAGGAGCUUUACAAUGCCCGUAUCAUUGAUUUAGAGACCUAUAACCUUCUCAAACAGGGCAAGAGGGAUAUCCGUGACAUAAUGGAAAUGGCCAGUGUGAAACAAUAUCUCUAUGGCACAGGCUGUGUUGCUGGUGUCACAACAGAAUCAAGCUUGAAGAUGAGCAUAUACCAAGCCAUGAAGAGGGGUUUCAUUAAACCAGAAGUGGGUCUCACGCUUUUAGAAGCACAAGCUGCAACAGGAUUUAUUGUUGAUCCGGUGAAGAAUGAAACACUAACUGUUGAGGAAGCUGUCCGUAAAGGUGUUGUUGGGCCUGAGAUCCACGACAAACUACUUUCAGCUGAAAGGGCUGUCACUGGGUACAAAGAUCCAUACAGUGGGAAGAUCAUAUCGCUUUUCCAGGCUCUGAAGAAGGAUCUCGUUCCAGAAGAUUAUGCCCUGAAAAUGCUGGAAGCCCAAAAUGCUACUGGUGGCAUCAUUGAUCCAGAAUUUCAGUUUCAUUUGCCAGCAGACAUUGCUUUGCAAAGAGGUUAUAUCAACAAGGAGACUAAUGAGCGGCUGGCAGAUGACAUCAAAGGGUUCACUGAUCCAGUUACUGAUGAAAAACUAUCGUAUGCACAGCUUCUCAAGAGAUGCAAGCUAGAGGGUGGAUUACGACUUAUCUCACUGGGAGACAAGAGACUGACCUUCAAGGGUCUGAGAAAACAGAUCACAUUGGAGGAGCUGAUUCGUUCUCAAAUUAUUGACCAGCAAACUGUCACUGAACUAAACGAAGGUUUGCUUUCAGUGGAGGAGGUCAGCAAAAGACUAUCAAGAUACCUUCAGGGUACAUGCUGUAUUGCUGGUGUAUUUUUAGAGUCAACCAAAGAACGUCUGUCAAUAUACCAGGCCAUGAAGAAGAGCAUGAUUAGACCAGGAACUGCCUUUGAACUCCUUGAAGCCCAGGCAGCCACAGGGUAUGUCAUCGAUCCAAUCAAGAACCUUAAAUUGACGGUCAAUGAAGCAGUAAAAAUGGGAAUUGUAGGACCAGAAUUCAAAGACAAACUUCUGUCUGCUGAGCGGGCAGUGACUGGUUAUAGAGAUCCUUAUUCUGGCAAGACAAUCUCUCUGUUCCAAGCAAUGAAAAAGGGGCUUAUCCUGAAAGAUCAUGGUAUCCGUCUCCUAGAAGCCCAGAUUGCCACUGGAGGAAUUAUUGACCCAGAGGAAAGUCAUCGUUUGCCAGUUGAGGUGGCCUACAAUCGUGGUUUCUUUGAUGAAGAAAUGAAUGAGAUCUUGUCAGAUCCAUCUGAUGAUACCAAGGGCUUCUUUGAUCCUAAUACAGAAGAAAACCUGACCUACCUUCAGCUGAUGGAGAGGUGUAUCACUGAUCCUGACACUGGACUGGUACUUCUGUUACUGAAAGAAAAGAAGCGUGAAAAUAAGACUUCUUCCAAAUCCUCUGUUCGGAAACGCAGAAUUGUCAUUGUAGACCCAGAGACAGGCAAAGAAAUGACAGUUUAUGAGGCCUACAGAAAGGGGCUCAUUGACCAUCAAACCUACUUGGAGCUUGCAGAGCAGGAGUGUGAAUGGGAGGAGAUCACAAUGACCUCUACUGAUGAUUCUGUAAAAUCCUUAAUCAUUGACAGAAGGUCUGGUAGACAAUAUGAUGUUGACGAUGCCCUCUCACGAGGACUCAUUGACCAGAAAGCUCUAGACACAUAUCGAGCUGGAAACCUGUCAAUCACAGAGUUUGCAGACAUGCUCUCUGGAGGUGCUAGUGGUUUCCGUUCACGCUCAUCCUCAUUUGGUUCCACUACCGGUUCAACUUACUCAUCUACCAUGAGCCCUAUACCUUCUGUUAAACCACCUGCAAUAAACUGGAAUGACCCAUCAGAGGAGACUGGUCCCAUAGCAGGAAUAUUAGACAUAGACACACUGGAGAAAGUGUCUAUCACUGAGGCUAUACACAGAAACUUAGUAGACAACAUCACAGGCCAAAGACUGUUGGAGGCCCAAGCCUGUACAGGAGGUAUAAUAGACCCCACAAGUGGAGAGAAGUUCACAGUUGCUGAUGCUACAGAAAAGGCCUUGGUAGAUAAAGUCAUGGUUGACCGCCUUAACCUGGCACAAAAAGCUUUCAAUGGAUUUGAGGAUCCCAGAACUAAAGUGAAGAUGUCUGCCUCCCAGGCCCUAAAGAAAGGUUGGUUGUAUUAUGAGGCCGGCCAGCGUUUCCUUGAGGUUCAGUAUUUGACUGGUGGUCUUAUUGAACCUGAUAUUGAGGGCAGAGUAUCCAUAGAUGAAUCCAUCAGAAAAGGAACCAUUGAUGCUCGCACCGCCCAGAAACUGAGGGAUGUCAGUGCUUAUUCUAAAUACCUAACAUGUCCAAAAACCAAACUGAAAAUCUCCUUCAAAGAUGCCAUGGACAGAAGCAUGGUUGAAGAAGGAUCUGGCUUAAGGCUUCUGGAGGCCUCCUCUCAGUCUAGCAAAGGCCUCUACAGCCCAUACAAUGCCAGUGGCUCUGGAUCUGCAUAUGGCUCUCGAAGUGGCUCGAGGACAGGAUCCCGAUCAGGCUCCAGAAGAGGCAGCAUUGAUGCUGGCUCAGGCUUUGGCAUGAACUUCUCAUCCUCCUCCUUCACAUCCUCAUCCACCUACACUCGCAGAUUCUGAUGAGCUUGUCCUGUUCUUCAUUGUAACUAAAAGCAAGCAAUACUAAUGCACUUCAUAGUUGCAUUUUCUAACACCAAAAAAAUAGUUACAAUAACAAAAAAAUUAUAAUUUAUUUAUUCAUUAUAUCUUGUAGUCACAACAAAACUUGCCUGGGCUUUUCAUUUUAUUAUAUUUUUUUUUUUCAUUUUUUUAUCUAUAGUAUCCAUGUGGACAGCUGCCUCAUGUGUGAGGGUAUGGCAAAACUAUAAACACAAAAUAUAAAUCUAUUCUGCUACAGAUUGCAAAGUCAGAUCAUGUUUUCAAAGUAAAGCCUUAUUAUUCUGCUGUUCUAAGUAAACUAUGUUUAGUUUUUACACCUGUUCAAAUUAUGUUUUCUAGUGCUUCCUGGAACUAUUACUGUUUGCCUAUCAAAAAGAAAUUAUUUUAAUUAUUCCUUUUUAGUGUUUGAGUUUUGACAUUUUUUUGAAAAACAAAUUAUUGUUUUAUAACUUUUUGUCUGCAGUAGUGAUGACAUGGUGACUCAACAUAGUUCUAAUGAUUUUAACUAAAGCAUCCAGAUGCCUUAAUGACUUAACUGUUUGUAUAGAGCGUGAGCAGAUGUUGUUUUUCUUUAAGUGUUUUAUGUUGCCUGGUUUACUGUGUGCUGUACUGAAUUAACUGCAGUACACUUUCUUUAUGUAAAACACUACAAAACGAGAUACACUAGAGUUCUUCAAAGAAAGUAAAUCUGUGCAGACUGUUAUGAAACUACUUCUCCUUUUGUCAGUACUUGUGGCCGUCUGUGGUCAGUGGACAAGUUAAUUGCUUUUUUUUAUACACUCCAAAUUUUGGAAUUCUUAAAACUUCCAUCAACUAAGUGUUCCAGUUAAAUCCCAAGGAGAUGCCAGGCUCAUUCCUGCUCCCCCUCACAGACCCGCCACCAGUUUAACUCCUCUGCAUCGCUCUCUACAAAUCCAACACGUGUGCACAAAAACUCAGUUGGACAGAUCGUGUAGCCUCCCCACCAUCGAUGGCCUCGUGGGUCCGGGUCAUCCUCAUGCAGUAAACCAGAUCUGCCUUAGAGUGUCCUUUCUUCCAUUGUGCAUCACAUUUGAGGGAAAGCUGGGACUGAGUCUACUUCAUCUUGGGAUGCUGCUUUCUGAAAACACUCUUUACUCAUAAACUUUAUUUAUGUAAUUCACUUGAAUGAACACCAAAACAAACAUUUAUGGAUUAAACUAUUCUCAGAUAAUUCACUCCUUUAUGAAAACGGGGACAUUUCAUAAAAAAUACACCUUUUUUCAGUUUUCAGUUAUGGUCCACUGAUUACAUUAUUGUUUUAUCUCUUCUAGUGAAUCCAUUUUUAUCAAAGUUCCUGUUUCAGAAAAUUUCAAUUGUGUGAAUGAAUGUAUUAUAUCAUAUUCACAACUUUCAGUUGAUGUUUUGCCACAUAUUUGCUUUGUUUUGUGCUUUUUUUCUUCCACAUUAUGCAUUUCUGAACACCUUUGAAUUGAUCGAACCAUGAUUUUGUUAUGAUGAAUGUGCCUUGCAUGUUUUACUCAUUUUACAAUAGACAUUAAAAAAAAUGUUUGUGUAAAAAUAUUUUAAAAUGUUAGCGCCUGGCUAGCUUUGCCUUCAGGAUAAAUGUUUCUACAGAUAAGAAUUAUUAUUUUGCUGUAUGUACCACUAUACUGUUAAUAAAUGUGCUCUAAACUGGCACUCUUGCCAUUCA